GCUGGCCUUGAGGUCGGUGGUGCCGCUGCCUUAGCUGUGAAUUGCACUCACACUGUCGCCCCUAGCGCCUUUGUCGUCGACACCGCCGUGUCGGGACUCAACACAGAGCAGAACAGCCAAAGCAAUUGAUCAGCCCCGCAGGCUGGUAAUCUGGCGACGUGAUGUGCAGGCGAGGAUUCGACAAGGGAUGGUCUCGACAAGCAAUUUUUUGGAGAUCGGCGGGACGUUGUAGAUCGCCAAAAGCAGGGCGGCGCUCGAAGCUAGCAGGCUUGGAGGCGGGCUGUUGGCUGCUGGCUGCAAGGUAGCAGGCCUAGUGCUAGAAGGGCCAGUGGUGUGUCAAAGCCGGAUGAUCACCAUCGGGCUUUGCGGAGGGAUAGCGUUUGCGUAUUCACUGUGCUUCCGGUGUGCUUUGACAUGAUCGAGCAGCUUCCUUUGCUCCCCUAUGGUGGAACCGGCGGGCUGGGAUUGGCCUCGUUUGAAGCUCAUCCAACGUCCACAGCGGCAGCUAAGGGAAUUGGAAUUGGCCUGUGUGGGAUUUGUGGAGAUCACAACGAGUGUUUUUGCCCCGGCCGCCCAAAGAAAGAAGGGCGAAAAAGGACAGACGCCAAUUUCGGCGGGCCUAGACCUCGCAGAUGCCGCCAAGGGCCGAUUUCUGCCCCAUCGAAAUUACUUCGGGCCAGUGAAGUUGCUCCUCCCAAACCGAAGAUUUGUGAAAUAUCGGAUCGCAGCUGCUCGAUUUAACACACAAGGGAGAAGAGUACGAAUUACGCACUUUGGAGAGGCGUCAUUUUUUUUUAUUUCUCAGGCAUACGUAGAUUCUUACUUGUCUACAGCACCUGUCCAAAAUCCGGCAUUGCCCGCUUUCCCCGCACGCUCCAUAUCGGCCAUUAACAGCUUCCUUCCCUUCACGCCCAGAGGUACAUGCCUGCCUUGCUCGGGACACUCGUCGAGAACGUCUCCAAUCGGAGCGUCGGUCGUACACAGACAAACAUUAAUAAAUUGGCGGACGUGCGGGGUCUCUUCUUUCUCGUUCCGACAGAAGCGUCAACCAGAUUCUCGGGGCCCGAGCAGGGCGGACAGCAGCUCGAAAACAAGGUUCUCAUUUGAUGCACUGUGACACCAGCGCCCUGUGUGAACAUGUUCCCCGACUUGGGUCAAACGGUUUCGGCGAAGUUUAUCUAAUUGAUUCCUAUUAAAGAUAAAGAUAAGCAGAUCGCAU